AUGGCCGGUAAGGGCCCCCGGCCAGCCUGCGUCGAGGAUUACGACGAAGAACAACACGCCAUCCUACCCGACACUAGACUUUCUGCCAAUAUUGUUGCCAAUUCAGCUGCCAAAUUAUCCUCCAGGUUGGAAAAAUUCCAGGAGCCGCCGAUCGACGGCGCCAGUGACUCGGGUUAUUCUAGUCGCACCGCCGCGACAGGAAACAGCACCCAAUCUGCACCAUCAGGCGGAAGAAGUCCCCCGCCCCCUCAUAAGCUGGACACCCCCAAACGUUCCGAACUCAACAGAAAAAUCUCGAUCAGAGAACGUAGAGACAAGGAUCGAUCUCGGCCUCCGCGCGAAGAGACGAUGGUUGGUGCCUAUCCGGGCGCUGCCCAUCAUGCUCACGUGCCCCGGUCGUUGUCGAAGUCUCGUCGACGGGAAUCUUCCCAUGCGAGACAGUAUCAUCCAGACAGCUACUACGACUACGGCACUCAGUACCAUCAAUCGACCCCGGUCGAUCAUCGGCAGAGCGAAUAUCCAUUUUACGUACAGUCACGGCCUCCUGUCCCGGAAUACUCAUCGUCGCCGCACACUGCUCGCUAUGCUGGUGGUGCUAUAGAGAACAUCCACGUCAGUCACCCGGCUCGACCCAGCCGCUCCAACUCCUACCACACAUACCACCCUCACGGACGUCCCAUGAGUCUACACGGGCCACCACAUGGAAUGAGCUCGGGAAUGGCAUCUCCGAUGUAUCCCCAGGCAUCUAUGCAUGGAUAUGAUUCUCAUGGCCCCCCACCGGCCAGCUCAGCAUACAUGCAACAAUACUCUUCAUCCCCAUAUGGACCACCUUCUCACUAUGCCCCGUCAGCGGCGGACUAUGCCCCAUCGGAUUACCCACGAGCCCGGUCCCCUUCCCGGGAGCCGUCUCGCCGUCGGGCUUCAUCCAGCUAUGGCCAGCCACCUCCUCCACCAAUGGACUCCGGAUCGUAUUCACCAUGGUAUGAUGACGAGCCACCUCUGGACCCUUAUUCCUCGCGGGAGAUUCAUGACCGUCCUUCCACAAGACACCAGGAACAGGACGAGGAUUAUUAUCGUAUGCCACCCCCAAGGUCAAAGCCAAAAUCCAGGGCUGCCCCGCAAGUCCACCAGUUACCGCAGGCAGAGCGGCCAGGACCCCCACGGAAGAUGCAUACCACUGCCGGUGUGGUCCCCUCUUCUCAGCGUCGCCCACCCAGAGGCAUGGAGCGAGCCAUGGAGCGAGCCAUGGACAGGGAUAGAGGAAUGGACAGAGACCUAGACCGCAUGGACAUGUCCGAAAUGGAAGCAGCCUUGCCGGCGAUUCAGGAUCGGGCACAUCGCCGAAUAUCGAGGGAUGCCUCUCUGCCAGAGAGAGCUCACAGCCUACGAGAUCACCGUCGAUCAACGUCUUACCAGGACGAUCGACGGUCUGCUCAUGUGGCCGUAGCGAGCUCUCGGCGGCGGAAGCCUACCGAGUAUUACUAUGAUGAACCAUCCAGCGCCAGUGGGGAUCUCGAAGAUCGCGAGCGCGAAGCUGAAAACUACCAGGCAGCCCGUUCAGGCCGGACAUCAGCCGCCGCACUACCUCUCUCCCAGGAGACCUUGCUCUCUGACAAAGUGGCUCACCGCCCCGGGAGCGAGAGCGGCAGCCAAAACAGCCGGUCUAACAGCAGCCGUGGCAGUGUUACAACCUCGCGGAAGGAGGAAGACAAGAACAUGACCCUCACAUUGAAUGGAUUCCAAAUCGGAUUUACAUCGGAAGCAGUUGCAGGCAAGUCUAUCAACAUUCGCGCUGGGGAUACCGGGGCUGUUCGAUUAAAUAUCGGCGGCCCACGGCAACCCAAGCAGAAUGUGAGUAGUGCUGGCUCUGAUUACACGGGCGGCUCCAGCCGCCGGGAAAUUGAAGAUGUGCGGCGUCCCCGGGACGAUCGGCGAACCGAGCGAUAUGAGCGAUCUAGUCGCCGAGCCAGCCAGUCGGUCUAUGGAAGCCGCUACCAUUGA